UCGCGCAAGCGCGGCGCUGGUAAUCGAACACGCUAAACAAUAAAAAAUCAUUAUGCCGAAGUCAUUUUUGCCGAGAAAAUCUCACAAAACGGACGGCAAUGACUGUGAAACUGAUGAAGAGGAGCCUGUAGAGGGCGGAGAAGAACCAGAAGGUACAGGGCUGAUGAAUCUCAAAAACAACUACAAGAACACCCCUCUUCCACAUCAGCAGGUACCUGCAAAAGAUAUCAAUGGGAUGGAAGAAAUUGACCAUCAGAGUGAAGUAAAAGAGUUCGCUUCUGGACCGUCCUUGGAUAAUACGCCAAGAUUUGGAGAAUUAAUUGAUCACCCUUACAUGAGCACAGACCAGGACCAUGACAAAAAGCUUCGGAACAAAACAAAGAAUAAGGCUGAAAAGAUAAAACUGUUCACCUGCGUUUUCUGCUACAAGUCGUUCUCACAACAAUACAUCCUGAAUCGUCAUCUUCCCGUUCAUACAGAUGACCGAAAGUACGGCUGCAGCGUUUGCGGAAAGAUGUUCCGUCAGGCCAGCACGCUGUGUCGUCAUAAAGUAGUCCACACGAACGAGAAGCGUUACGCCUGCAAAAGUUGUGAUAAGUCUUUUAAUCGUGUCUCUACACUCAUUGCUCACGAGAAGAUACACGUUGGAGACAAAGCAUACAUUUGUCCUACCUGCGGAAAAGGAUUUCACCAGAAGGGCAAUCUCAAGAACCACAUCUUCACCCACACAGGAGAAAAACCAUAUGUUUGCAAAAUCGAGUCUUGUGGAAAAUCGUUCAACCAACUUUCGAAUCUCUCCGUGCACAUGACAAUGAAGCAUAAAGAAGAAGUUUGUGUCAUUCCUGACAAGGGCGUCAAGACUCUCGCAGAGGUUAAAGCUCAAAGCGUGGCGAGUCACAAGGAGAGGUGUGAUAUUUGUGAUAUGAGUUUCAAUACUGAAGCAGAGUUGAAGACUCAUAAGGAAGAGAAGCAUUUAAUUAUGCAUGUGAUGCCACCUCCAGGCAGGGUUGCAAACAAUUCUGAGCAGACGGUAAGAGAGGGGGAGGUGAUUGUUGCGAGCUCGGUCGGUCGAGCGGUCAAUGACCCCCAUUGUCGAACUAUUACUCUUCCAAAUGGUGAUAAGACCAUUAUGCCUACGAAGCGGAAACAAAAUGCAAAAGGCCUUGAUUGUUGGUAUGAUAUGGACGACAAUGUCAGAGCAGCGGCGUCCAUUUUGAUGGAGUUAGAAUCGAGUUCCGGAGUUCAGGUUCAAAGUCCUAAAGCGGUUCAGGAUAUGGUCAUAGUCGAGAGUGUCGCUAUUGAGCAGGAAGAGCCCGCAUGUUCUCAGAAUAAUAUGGAAAUACAUCUUGUUGAAACAGGAAUGAAUACGGUAGAAUCGGAUGCUGUCCAAACUGGAACUGUUGCUAAUGUGUCGUCUGUGUUGCCAGCAGGUUUGCAUAAAAUCGGCACGACAGAUGACGGACAGAUGUUGGCACUUUUGGUUAAGGUUGAUGGGACAUGCUCGUUGGUAAAAGUUCCUGAGAAAGGACCAACUCCAAUGGCAUCCCAAGCUUCAGAAGAAUUUACUUCUUUGUUGGUAUCCCCUGCUGGUGGUGUAGAGGGGGCUGAAAUUUCUCCAAUUUCAAACAUUCCUCCUCCAGCACAACCUCAUAGUUCAUCCCAAUUUGAUAUCAGUGGAGAAGGUCAGGUCAACUCUGUUUUAAGUCAAGCUCCUGGGGGCGGUGUGACCAAUUCUUUGGAUAGUUUUGACCUCAAGACAGCAGCAGGUCAAAUCAAAGAAUCUACCACAAGUGUUUUGGAGCAAAAUGCCUUGGUUGUGGAAGAGGCUGCUGGUGAUCAGUAUAUCAUGCAGGUUGCAUUAGUUUGAAGGGAAAAUCUGUUUAAAAAGGUACUGGUGUCUUCAUAGCCUGGUGGUUAGCGCUGGCUACCACGUAAAAGGGCACCAGCCAGUUUGAUCCUGGGGUGAACCCCGGAUUGUAUUGCUGGAUGAACUGGUGUGCUUAACAUUAAAGGGCGACCGUAUGAGAUGGUAAUUUUAUUUCCCCACAAGAGAGCGCCCCCUCCCCCCAAGGGAUACUGAUCUGUAACGAGGUGAUUUUUGGUAAUUUUGGGCAAAAAUUAUAUGCUAUGAAUGUCAUUUUUAAGA